AGUGCGCACAGCAUUUGCCGCACUCGUAGGCGAUGUAGACAUGAUAUGUCCGACAUAUCUGUUCGCCAAACGGUUCGCACAAACUGUCAAAGAGUCGCAAAGGGUUUACUUUUACGAGUUGUUGUAUAAAAGCGAGUGGUUUGCCAAACAAAACAAUUGUAGUGCGACCAUGGGCAUUUGUCACUCAAUGGAAAUACCAUUCGUGUUUGGUCUGCCACUACUUGAUCCACACAAUUACAGUCCCGAAGAUAUUAAUUACAGUAAUGUUGUGAUGAAAAUGUGGACUACAUUUGCCAAAACAGGUAAUAUGGGCUCUGAUUGGCCGCAACUGUUAAACGAUGAGCCGAUGGGUGCGCCCAAAGUCCACGGUUUGGACCCAAAGGACUUACGGCUUGUACUGAAGGAUCCAUCAUGUGUGAAUAGUAUUGAUGUGAACACCACUAUAGGAGUAGUGAGGGGUCGGACACUACAUGUGUUGGACACAAAUGUGGAUCAGUUUGUGGGCAUUCCAUACGCCGAACCCCCGGUCGGCAAACAUAGGUUCGCAAAACCCGAACCCAUUUCUAAACCAUUUCCCAGUAUAAUUGAUGCAAUAAAAGUUGGAAAAUCGUGUAUACAACCAAACGGUCCGUUUACUAUUAUGCCCGACUCAACCCUCAGUGAGGACUGUCUGGUGCUUAACAUAUGGACAACAAAUACCACAGCAUUAAAACCAGUAAUGUUUUGGAUACACGGAGGAGGGCUUACUAUUGGUUCAAUAUUUCAAGAGUGGUAUAACGGGAGCGCUUUGGCCACCAAUGAUGUGGUGGUUGUGUCCGUCAACUAUAGGUUAGGACCGUUUGGUUUCCUAUACGGGGAUCGGGAGGACGCGCCCGGAAAUGUCGGCUUUUAUGACCAGUUA